AUGGUGGCCAAAAAACAAAAAAUCGCGUCAACUAGUACAGCUCUCCCCUAUCUACGCGGAGACCACAAGGGACGUCGACCAGCACUGAUAUCCCAGUUGGAUCUUUAUUUGGAUGCUGAUUCGAUCAUUCGCUGCCGUGGCCGUUUAAAUAAUGCCGAUUUAUCAAGUGAUGCUCGAAAUCCCAUCCUCCUACCGAAGAAUACCGAACUCACCCGCCUCAUAAUUCAACAUUUUCAUGAGCGCACUCUUCAUUCCGGUGUUUCUUACACUAUUUCUAGCAUCCGCCAGAGAUUUUGGAUCCCAUCCAUCCGCCAACAGGUGAAAGCCAUCGUGCGCCUCUGCACUCGCUGCCGCCGGGUGAACGGGGCUCCUUACAGAGCCCCCAAUCCAGCUACAUUGCCAAGUUUUCGAGUCCGUGGAGACAAGGUCUUCGCCGUUACCGGCAUCGAUUUUGCUGGCCCAUUUCCAGUCCGUGGUCCAUCUAGCCAACCAGAUUUAAAGGCUUACAUUUGCCUCUUUACGUGCACUACAUCUCGUGCCAUCCACCUGGAGUUAGUAGAAGACCUCACGGCAGCUAGUUUUAUACUAGCCUUCAGAAGUUUCAUCUCCCACCACUUUACCCCAACAAUGGUUCUCUCGGACAAUGCCACAACCUUCGAAUGUGCCGCUCGUGCCCUCAAGUCCAUUUUCAACAGUUCGGAAGUUACCAAUUAUCUUUCCGACUGUCAAAUCGAAUGGCGUUUUAUUCCGAAGCGUGCCCCUUGGCAUGGGGGCUUUUGGGAACGACUUGUCGGCCUGACCAAGGAAGCUCUCAAGAAAAUGCUCGGUCGUACCAAACUCAAAUUCGCUGAGUUCCGGACUAUCGUCACAGAGAUCGAGGCCAUCCUGAACGAUCGUCCGAUCACGUAUGUGUCGUCAGAUUUGAACGACCCUCAAGCUCUUACACCGUCUCAUCUGAUGUAUGGUGAUCGCUUGACUCCACUCCCACACAACCCAGCCGUUGAAGAGGAGCUGCUUGAUCCCACCUUCGGUGAGAAGCCUUCCCACCUCCUUGACAUGUUCAGCCGAAGACAACGAAUCCUCAAAGCUUUCUGGUCCCGUUGGCAAAAGGACUACUUGACCAGCCUCCGGGAACGACACAUCACAUGCAAGGAGAAAUUCAAGCCCAGCAUCAAGGUCGGUGACGUGGUUCUAGUUCAUAACGAAGGACCCCGAAUCUAUUGGAAACUGGCUGUGAUCGAAAGCCUCAUCAUCAGCCCGGAUGGAGAAAUCCGAGCAGCCAACAUCCGCACCGCGGAAGGAAAAACAAACCGUCCGGUCUCAAAACUGUAUCCGCUGGAAGUGACUGCGCCAAUUGAUUCUUCUCCAAGCGCUCAAGUUCUUCCCAAUCCCGCCUCUUCUGUACCAACGAGACCUCGUCGGAAAGCGGCCAUCGCCGCCGAAAAAAGGAUCCGGAAUAUGGCAGAAGAGUAG